CAAGUGUCAGCAGCAGAGACCUGACAGCAACAGUGUCAUCAGCAGUGGCCUGGCAGUAACAGUGUCAGCAGCAGUGGCCUGGCAGCAACAGUGUCAUCAGCAGUGGCCUGGCAGCAACAGUGUCAUCAGCAGUGGCCUGGCAGCAACAGUGUCAUCAGCAGUGGCCUGGCAGCAACAGUGUCAGCAGCAGAGACCUGACAGCAACAGUGUCAGCAGCAGAGACCUGACAGCAACAGUGUCAGCAGCAGUGGCCUGGCAGCAACAGUGUCAGCAGGAUGGACAGCCUGACUGAGGAGGAACGUAUGUUGUCUUGGAUAUACGAAUACUCCAUCAAACAUGAAUAUAAUUACUUGUGUUCAAAAAUUGAAAAAGUAUUCAAGACGAGAAAUAAAGAGCCAUACCUUCCAGUGUCAAGGUAUAUGAAUAGCAUACGACAACACUCUCAACUUGUUAAGUUCAGGGUGAGUCAUGUAAAGGACAAGGAUUAUUUGAAGAAACUCGUUGAUGUAUUGGAAGGUUUUGUGCAGUUUGAGCCAUUACACCGAGAUGAUAUGCAACAUGAAUUAACAGUAAGACUCUACAUGACAGCAAAGUUACUGUACUUGAACAGUGAACACUUUGACGGAGACAUUGUUCUUGAAUAUCUGCCAGAUUUUAUUUGGAAGGCAUUUCAGCGUCGGUUUAAUUAUCAGGAUGACUGCUUCAGAUUGCUACACUUCACGUUUGCUGAAUCUGCUGAGUCAAUAAUAAAUACUCUGCAUGAGCAGGGAACUUUCCCCUUACAACUGGAUGAAGAUUUUACUCAGGAGCUGGAACUGUCACUACAGUUCUUACUGCCUGACCUCCAUCAGAUCUUCAGGCAGUAUUUUCCCAUUACAGAAUUAGAAAAGAUUAUGAGAAAAGAAAAGGUAGGACUUGAUUUUUGUGGCAUACAAGAUUCUUUAGUUAAAAGAACUGAGACUGACUUCAGUGAAAUCUUAAAAACUGUCAUGGAAAAAAUAAAGUUAAAGACGCAGAUAAAUGGGGAAGCUGGAAAGCUCCAAAAUGAUGAAUCUGAAACAUUUGAGAAUAUAGACGUAGAGGCCAUGUUUGCUGAUGCAGGAGGAGAGUGUCAAUUAGAUGACAUUGUUGAUGUUGUGGAGUUUAAGGGAAAGUACUGGAAUGUCAAGAGGGACUUUGCAUACCUCCAUAGUACAUUGAAGGUUGGUGAACCUAGAGAUGGCAACCAAUUCUUAGUUAAUACGAGUCAAGAUAAUGCUUUGGGCCCUGAGCUUAAUACUGAAGAGGCUGUUGCACCAAUUAAAGGACUAGAAGUUAUAAUUCACAGAGGCAAAGUAUAUGAAAUUAUUGCUGAUGUCGGCCCUCAGAUUACAUCAAGACCUUAUCUGCCUGAACAAAAACUGACUUUAACAAUUGUACAGGUUCCUGUACCAGAAAGAGGCACAAAUAAUUUGUCCCAUGAUGAAUUAAAUAUUUGUAUAAAACAUUUGGAAUCUUUGCUUGAAUGUUUAAAGGAAAAAAUUUUUCAGUUCAAAGAAAACAUUGAUGGGUGCCAAAAAUUUAAAGACAAGGACAAUAAGUCUGGCCAAAGUCACUUAGCUGUAUGGAAUUCAAAUCAGUUAAAGAUGGUUAGAGAUGCAUUCCAAGAUGUUGUCUCUCAUGGGAGUGAUCAAAGUCAUUAUUUAAAUUUGAGUGAUGAUGACUCAGAUGAAGUUACAUAUGACAAUACAGAUACUUCUAAAAGAAAGACUGUCUGCUCACAGUCUGAAAAUAAAAAAAACUGUGCCAAAGAAAAACAGAAAACAUUGAGGGUUACAAAAGACUAA